AAAAACAAUUGAAAGCCGCGGCUCGCUUCCUUCAGUCCCACUCUGACUCUGCCGAGCCCCACACAAACUGAAAGAACAAUAAACAUCAACACAAAAAGAUGAGUUCAUAUUUCGUCAACUCGCUCUUCUCCAAAUAUAAAAGCGGGGACUCGUUACGUCCGAACUACUACGAGUGCGGUUUCGCGCAGGACCUGGCCGGCAGCCGGCCCACCGUGGUGUACGGCCCGGGCUCCGGCGCCACCUUCCAGCACGCUCCGCAGAUCCAGGACUUCUACCAUCACAGCGCCUCCACGCUGCCCAGCAACCCUUACCAGCAGAGCCCCUGCGCGGUCACAUGCCACGGCGAGCCUGGCAACUUCUACGGAUACGACGCCCUGCAGCGGCAGACGCUUUUCGGGGCCCAGGACGCGGAUCUGGUCCAGUACAGCGACUGUAAACUGGGAAGCGCGCCGGGGCUGAGCGGCGAAGACGCGGAGGGAACCGAGCAGAGCCCCUCACCGACGCAGUUGUUUCCCUGGAUGAGGCCGCAAGUAGCUGCGGGCAGGAGGCGGGGCCGGCAGACCUACAGCCGCUACCAGACCCUGGAGCUGGAGAAGGAGUUCCUCUUCAACCCCUACCUGACCCGGAAACGCCGCAUCGAGGUGUCUCACGCUCUGGCGCUGACGGAGCGACAGGUGAAGAUCUGGUUCCAGAACCGGAGGAUGAAGUGGAAGAAGGAGAACAACAAGGACAAGUUCCCCAGCAGCAAGAGCGAACAGGAGGCGGUGGAGAGGGAGAGGAGGGAGAAGGAGUUGCGGGAUGGCGGGAGCGGAGGUGGAGAAGGUGACGGCGGAGGUGGCGAAGGAGGAGGCUCGGUGGGGGCGGCGGGGUCACAGGCCUCCGUGAACGAGGACUGCUGCGAGAAAACCCACAAGCCAAUGUAG